UCAAACGCAACAAUUGCGUUCACAUUUCUAUUUAAUUAAUUAAAUAUGUCAUUUAAAUAUCCGUGUCUGUGUAAUGCUUCAGCUUUAAUUGUCGCUUAGUAUUUUCUAUUGUAUUUGUAGAAAUUUGUCACUGUAAGGACAUUCGUCGCGAGAAAAUGGCGGAACUGCGCUCGGAUCGCGAAUUCGAUGUUUGAAUUUUUCAUCUGAAAUGGCGCUGAGAACGUUUUAAAUUUCGAAUGUUAGUGUAAGGACUGAGUAAAAUCGAUACGCUGUCUACGUGCUAUUCUGUAAAGACUUGGUUGAUUUGUAACUGAAAUAGAGUGGUAAUAAUUGUUAAUGACAACGCAGAAAAGGAGAGUAACACGAAAAUGACUACAGAAACGGCGACGCCGAAUCAGGCGGACGCAAGUACUGCCUUCCUACGUGCAGCGCGUGCGGGGCAAAUUGAGAAGAUCAUCAGUCUUCUUGAGCAAGGAGUAGACAUCAAUGUUAGCAAUGCUAAUGGUCUAAAUGCCAUCCACCUUGCGUCCAAGGAUGGCCAUGUAGAGGUGGUGAGAGAACUUCUUGACCGUGGGGCAGCAAUCGAUGCUGCGACGAAGAAGGGAAACACCGCAUUGCACAUCGCUUCUCUUGCUGGUCAAGAGGCUGUUGUCCGAUUACUGGUCCAGAAUGGAGCUCAAGUUAACAUUCAGUCCCAGAAUGGCUUCACACCUCUAUAUAUGGCUGCUCAAGAAAACCAUGACAAUGUUGUAAAGUUUCUUCUCUCAAAUGGAGCUAACCAAAGCUUGGCUACAGAGGACGGGUUCACACCGCUGGCUGUGGCGAUGCAGCAAGGACAUGAGAAGGUGGUGGCUGUGUUACUGGAAGCUGACACCAGGGGGCGCGUCAGGUUGCCCGCGCUGCAUAUUGCUGCUAAAAAAGACGACGUAAAAGCAGCUAACUUGCUGUUAGAGAAUGAACACAACCCGGAUGUGACGUCAAAGUCUGGUUUUACACCGCUUCAUAUCGCAGCACACUACGGCAACGAAGCGGUUGCUCGUUUGUUGCUGGCAAAGGGAGCCGAUGUCAACUGUGCGGCAAAGCAUAAUAUAUGCCCGCUACACGUUGCUGCUAAAUGGGGCAAAGAAAACAUGGUCGGACUCCUAUGCGACAGUGGUGCGAACGUUGAAGCGCGCACCAGAGAUGGAUUAACUCCUCUUCAUUGCGCCGCACGAUCAGGCCAUGAGCGCGUCGUGGAGGCUCUGCUGGAACGUGGUGCACCUAUCACCAGUAAGAGCAAGAAUGGAUUAGCACCCCUGCAUAUGGCAGCUCAAGGGGAUCAUUCUGAGGCUGCCCGUGUUCUGCUAUCACGUAGGGCUCCAGUUGAUGACGUCACUGUUGACUACCUCACAGCGCUUCAUGUAGCCGCCCACUGUGGACAUGCCAAAGUUGCAAAACUACUCUUGGAUAGAAAUGCAGAUCCAAAUGCCCGGGCUCUGAAUGGCUUCACUCCACUUCAUAUCGCCUGCAAGAAGAAUAGAAUCAAAGUUGUUGAACUACUGCUGAAAUACGGAGCAAGUAUCCAAGCGACUACAGAAUCAGGACUGACUCCGCUCCACGUGGCAUCGUUCAUGGGCUGCAUGAAUAUCGUUAUAUAUCUCCUUCAGCAUGAGGCCAACCCUGACGUGCCCACUGUGAGAGGGGAGACUCCGCUUCAUCUAGCUGCGCGGGCUAAUCAGACGGAUAUCAUCAGAAUCCUUCUCCGCAACGGAGCAGCCGUCGAUGCGAAAGCGAGAGAGAGACAGACUCCGUUGCAUAUUGCUUCGCGCCUCGGCAACGUAGAUAUUGCCGUCUUGUUGCUGCAACACGGCGCUGACGUGCGCGCGAUCACCGCAGACCAUUACAACUCACUCCAUAUUGCUGCCAAGCAACAUAAUCAUGACGUGGCAGCCGCCCUUAUAGAACACAACGCUCCGCUUACAGCAACGACUAAAAAGGGUUUUACAGCGCUCCAUUUAGCUGCUAAAUACGGAAACCUCAAGGUUGCCAACCUACUUCUAUCCCACGGGGCUUCACCAGAACAAGCCGGUAAGAAUGGAAUGACACCACUGCAUAUCGCAGCGCAGUACGAUCAACAGGCUGUCGCUAAUUUACUGUUGGAAAAAGGAGCUGAUGCCAAGGCGGUCGCGAAGAACGGUCAUACAGCUCUUCACAUCGCUGCUCGGAAGAACCAGAUGGAGACAGCAGCCACACUUCUGGAGUACGGAGCCACCAGCGAAGAAUCCAAGGCUGGAUUUACACCACUUCAUCUUGCAGCGCAACAGGGUCAUACAGAAAUGUGCUCUUUGCUGUUAGAGCAAGGUGCAGAGGUGGAUCACCAAUCAAGAAACGGACUUGCUGCGUUGCAUCUGGCAGCUCAAGAAGACAGAGUGCCUGUCGCACAGUUGCUAGUUAAAAAUGGAGCACAGGUGGAUAUAUGCACUAAAGGCGGGUACACACCACUCCAUAUUGCUAGCCAUUACGGACAAGCGAACAUGGUCCGAUAUUUGCUGGACAAUGAUGCAUCUGUGAAGGCACAGACUACACAUGGGUAUACUGCGUUGCAUCAUGCAGCACAACAAGGCCACAUCAAUAUUGUCAACAUUCUUCUGGAGCACAAAGCAGAUGCGAACGCUACUACUGUGAAUGGCCAAACCCCACUGGAUAUAGCCUCGAAGUUGGGCUACGUCACAGUUAUGGAAACGCUGAAGGAGGUCACGGAGCCCUCGGAAGCUCAAGCCACUCAGGAGAAAUACAAAGUGGUCGCACCAGAGACGAUGCUGGAGACUUUUAUGUCGGAUUCCGAGGAGGAAGGAGGUGAAGAUGCAAUUCUAAACGACCAGCCAUACAGAUAUCUCACAGCUGAUGAUAUGAAGUCGCUGGGAGAUGAUUCUUUACCCAUUGACGUCACCAAAGAUGAAAGAACCGAAUCCGCCAUGAGCCACAAGAAUAUUAUGGAGAUAUCACAAACAUCAAUGAAUGGUAUUGGAUAUCCUCCACACGGCGACGUGGUUGUCAAGAGCAUCAGUCACUACAGCACUGCUCAGGCGCCCAACGCAUACUGUUACAACGUCGACCCAACAGUACCCAAGAAAAAAUUGCAAUGGAAGAAUUUCCUGGUAUCGUUUCUGGUGGAUGCCCGCGGAGGAGCAUUGCGGGGCUGGCGUGGGGGAGGGAUAAGAGUCAUUGUACCCCCACUAUCAGCACACCGACCUACCAGGAUAACAUGCAGAUAUUUAAAGCCGUCGCGUAUAAACCAUAUGCCGCCCCUGAUGGAAGGUGAAGCUUUGGCAGCCAGGGUGUUGGAAAUGGGUCCUGUAUCUGCCAAGUUCUUGGGUCCCGUGAUACUAGAAGUCCCACACUACGCUUCACUGCGAGGAAAGGAACGAGAGAUUGUCAUACUCCGCUCUGACAACGGCACGAGUUGGAGGGAACACAACACUGACGUCACUGAUGACGUAGUUCAAGACAUACUCAACGAGACUCUGGAAAUCGAAGAAACAAGCGAGGAUGAAAAAACCUGGGAAGCAUCUCGUGUCACGCGGAUACUGACACACGAUUUUCCGCAGUAUUUCGCCGUGAUAUCACGUAUAAGACAGGAAGUCCACGCAAUCGGACCUGAAGGUGGUAUGGUGUCGAGCUCGGUUGUACCGCAAGUGCAAGCAGUUUUCCCUCAAGGAGCCCUCACCAAGAAGAUCAAAGUUGGCCUUCAGGCACAAGUGAUUGAUUCAGAGCUUACAGCAAAAUUACUUGGACGAGGUGUGGCAGUUUCUCCUGUUGUUACUGUGGAACCGCGAAGAAGAAAAUUCCAUAAAUCGAUAACAUUAAGCAUGCCAGCUCCUAGACCCCAUACGCAAGGAAUGACUAAUCAGUACAGUACAUCAUCAGCUCCUACAUUAAGACUUCUUUGUUCCAUAUCAGGGGUAUAUCGCAAAAGGUCUCUCGAAGGUGGAACAAAUCGAGCUCAUUGGGAGGACGUCACAGUAAAUACACCAUUGACAUUUGUCAACGAUUGUGUUUCAUUUACAACAACUGUUUCGGCUCGAUAUUGGCUUAUUGACUGUAGACAUGUCGAAGAUGCAACAAAAAUGGCUACUGAACUAUACAGAGAGGCGAUCCAUGUACCAUUUAUUUCCCGAUUUGUGGUAUACGCAAAACGCACAGAUGAAACACAGGCUCAACUCCGGAUGUUCUGUGUGACCGAUGAUAAGGAAGAUAAGGCGUUGGAACGUAUCGAACGCUUUAUACAAGUCGCUAAAAGUCGCGAUGUUGAGGUUCAUGAAGGAAAACCCAUACAUCUUGAAUUUGGUGGCAACUUAGUGCCGAUAGCAAAAUCCGGGGAACAACUUUCGAUACCAUUUAAGGCGUUCCGUGAAAAUCGGGUUGCUUUCCCUGUUAUGAUAAAAACCCAAGACCUGGAGCCGAUAUGCCGAUGCCAGUUUAUGAGGGAUCCGAAGGUGCCUAAGGGAGAACCUUCGCCGACACCAAUUGCCGUGCUGAAUAUUAUGGUGCCUGAAGAUAUACCAACAGAACGUAUAUCUCCAGUCCAAUCGGAUUCUUUACCAAGGAGGACAGCCGAACAAGAACGAAUUUGGAGACAACGUCUAAACGACCCAAGGCUAGAAGACAUUUGCAAUCUUCUUGGCAAAGACUGGGUAGCCCUAGCCUACGAGCUCGGAGUCAGCGUCGCGACAGUAAACCAGAUUCAAGCAAAACGUAUCACCACCUCGGAACAAGCGCAACUCAUGUUGAAACUAUGGAAGACUCAGUCGGGAACUAAGGCGUUAGAUAAUUCUUUGGAGUUGGCACUAUGUCGUAUAGGAAGAGAUGACAUUAUUGAACCACAGUCAGAGAAUAUCAACGAAAGGAGAAUACAACGGAACAUUUACCAAGAUAGCCAGGCUUCAGAGGAAAUUGAUUCAUAUAAAGCAGAUGAAGACAAUAAACUGAAAGACAGGCUUGAUGAUAGUCAAAUGUCUGAAAGAACCCGGACUGAGGAUUAUGACCAGGACGAGGCAAAAUACUCACCGGAGGAGAAAUCAUUUGUGGACAAGGGUGAUAUGGAGAAAACAGAAAGUGAAGAGAGCGAGGAAGAUGAAGAUAUCAAGCGAAGCGUGGCCGAGAGAAAAGAGCAAAUAACGAAAAAAUUGAGCUCUAGCAAAAUUCCUGCAUCAAAACAAAAGAAGGAAAUAAGAGAAGAAAUAAUAGAAAUCAAGACUCAAAUAAAACCCGACAUCAAGAAAUUCCAUGAUAUCGAGCAACAGGUCAAAGAAAAAGAGCCAAAACUAGAGCGAACACGCUCAAAACCCUCACCAGAGACAACGGAGACAGAAAAGUAUAUAGAAAAUGAAGUACAUAAAAAUAUAAUUGAAGAUAGAACAGAAGAGGUAAAAGAACAAAAAAUUGAUCAAUUCAGAAAAUACGACCCCUCAUCUCCAAAACCUACGCCAAAACAUUUACAAAGACACGUUAGAAAUGAAUCAAUGCGUUUCCCUUCUGGUGACUUUUCCAACAUCACAGUAACACCUAGAAAGUCCGUUACAGAUACCGUUAUUACAAAAACAAUAGAAUCAAAAGAAACAUUUUCUAAAGAUAUAAUUUCUCAAAAAGAAAUAGAUAGUGCAAGAGUAGCUGAAAAAUUGGAAGAUGGUGAAAAGUCACCUGAAUUAGUUAUUGAAGAAAAAGACGUUGCUGAAACUACUUUGAAACAUAAAAUAGGUGUAUUUGAAACUAAAAUAUCUAAAGAACCUCAAAUUGAUACUACUCAAGCAAUCAAACUCACUAAAGAAGCUUUGCAAAAACAUACGAUGGAACAAGAGCAAAGUAUAGAAUAUACCCAAGAAUUUGUUAGAGAUCAGGCAAAGCAAAUGGAAUCUGAAGAGGCACUUAAAACAGUAGAGGUUGAAAAACCUGUGGAACAAAUAAAAUCGGUAAAGGAAACGAUUCAACAAUUUGAUUCAAAAAUAAAGUUAGAUGAAAAAACAAAAUCCUUAACUAGGUCUACACGAACAGAUUCAACAAUAGUCCAAGUUUCUUCUGAAGAAGACAGCGAAUUUCUCAAGAAAUCUACUGAUUCAGAAACAGAAACUGAGUCCCAAACGACGGUUAAAGUAGAAAGGGAGAAAUUAAAAAGAGAAAUAGGUAGAUUGGAAAAGCAGCCAGACGAUGGAAUUAAAAAAGAUGAUGAAGAUGAAAAGAUUGAUACGUACAUUCCUGCUGAAAAGCAAAUUAAAGUUGAGGUGCAAUCCAAAUUUAGUGGAGAUGAUUUAACAAUCGUUGAGAAAUCUACGGAUAAGAUUGAAAUAAGACUUCAAAGUAGCAAAUCAGAAAUAACUACAAAAGACUCCCCCAGCUCUGAAACACAAGAAGGUCGUAAAGUGUCACAGGAAUCAUCACUACCGUCUACGAUUGAUAAAGCUGAUUCAUUAGCAGACUUGCUGCAAAGUACUGAAAGAGACACUAGUUUUAUAUCACAAACAGAAUCUAAGGUCUAUUCUAAGCAUAGAAGUGAUUCUUUAGAUGAAACCUCUCAAUUUUCUGAUUUAGAGGAUCAGAUAGGCCUCAGUCCUGCACACAAACCUGUUCUGGAUAGACAAAUUGAAGAAACGGCAGAAGAGAUUUCUUCGAUAAUAACUUUUGAAACAACGAAAUCACAAACACAAGAAUUUUUACAGUAUGAAACAGAAUAUAGUUCUGAUAGCGUAUUUAUCAAAAAAGAGGUUGAUAAGGUUCAACCAAAAGAAUCACCUGUCAUUAGUGCAAAGGCACGGCAGUUCAUAGAAACAGUUCCUGAAGAUGACUCGGUACAAGAAUGUUUCUUUUCCAAAAGAAUAUACUCAGAUUCAUUGGAGGAUUCCGAGCAUACAGAUUCGAGAAGGCAUUCAGAAGCAGAGUCAUCUCGAUCAGAUCAGUCUGACUUAAAAGCUAAAGUUUCUUCAUCAGAUUUCGAUGAAAGAGCAGAGUAUGAAGGAACAGCCGAUUCAGGUAGUGGUUUUGGUGAUGAGAAGUUUGAGGAAAGUGUUGGUUUUACAUCUAUAAAAAUAGACCCUACUACACUGGAAUCUGAUAAUCAAGAAACCAGUGAAGAAAAAGAUGCUGAAGUUGUUUUUAAGAAAAUGACUCCUAAAAGACAUUCUAGAACAGAAUCUAUAUCAAUAACAAAACUAAGUGAUAUAGUGCCUGAUAUAGCCCAUCAAAAAACUAAACAAGAAUUCCAAAUGAUUGUAACUGAAGCAGAAGAAAUUGAUAAAUCAUUUGAUAAAACUGAUUCAGAUAAAAUUUCUUCUGAAAGUAGUCGUGAAAUUGAAAUUUCAGAACGCAAGUCAUCCGAUGGUAUUUCUGAUAAAAUUAGUUCUGAAGAUGCAGUUCAGAAGACCUCUUCUGAAGAAGAAGUUCUUAAAGAUGAAAGUGAACCAAGACAUGAGAUAACAAAAUCUGUAAAAGAAAUGAUAGUAGACUUUGAACGGUCAGAUACACGAACAAGUUUAAAGGAUGAUCGUGAAAUAGAUUCCAAGCGACAGUCAGUAGUUUCUAUGGAAUCGGGUUCCGCAAGCGAAUUACGUUUGGAUGAAAAACGUCCUUCAGAUGCUCACAGUUUAACAGAAUCAAGAGAUUAUACAUUUGAAGAAUCAGAAGAUGAUAUUAGAACGCGGGAGUUAAACGUUACUGAUACUCCCAUGGAGAAAGUUGAGACGAAGGAACAAGAUAUAAAAAUAACAGCUAAGUCUGAUUCCUCUAAAAUAGCUAAGUUGACACAUGGGGACUCGUUAGAUGAUGUUGAAGGAUUCCCGGAGGAUCAUGUAUCUGACUACGUGCACAAAUUACCACACAUAGCUGAAGUUAGCAGUGAUAAAAUUAUAACGAGUCAAUUUUUAAGUAAGGAACGAGAAGAACAAAUAAAACGUGAAAUUAUACGAAAGAAAGAAAUCAAUGAUAAUUCAUCUGAGCUUAUAAAACCUACUAUCGGUAAGGAUGACGACGAACAAGCGGGAAAGACUAAAGUUAUGUUUACAGAUCAUAUUGAUGAUCCAUUUGAAGCAACUAAAGAUCAACCAACGGGCGAAACAAAAGACACCAAAAGUGAUAGUUCUAGCGACAAAACUAAAUGUGAAAAUCAACCAGAUCCAGAAAAAAAUAAAUCUAUACACAUGGGUUCUACGACCGAGGCGAUAAGUGAAUCAAUCUACGAUACUACAGGCAAAAUUUCUACUACGAGUGAUACACAUUUCGGUCCAGAUGGAGAAGAGAUUAUUACAAAAAGAGUAACUGAAACUAUAAUUACACCUUCUGCAGAUGAGAUUACUAAAGUUACAGUUACUGUUACAACAAAAUAUCCAUCCGGAAAAGAAACUGUAUCAACAAGUAUAUCCGAAUCUAUUAAAUCUUUUCAUCAAAUCUUAAAUGAAGCCACAUCUACAACAGAUAUAUUACAAAAGGGUGAUACAAAAUCAUCUUCAGAUAUAAAGGUAACUACUGGUUUAGAAGGCGAAGAAAUAAGAACGGAAACACUCACAGAAACCACAAUAUCAAACGGGUAUGAAAUUACUACAUCAACUAUAACAGAGACAAUCAAAUUUCCUUCAGGAAAGGAAACUAUUUCUACCAAAGUGUCUGAGCUGAAAAAAUCUUUAACUAUGCAACCGUCAUCUGAUAUAAGUAAAUCAUUAAUUGAUGAACCGUCAAUAUGUGAAAUUAAUAAAUCAGAAGACGAUAGAUCUUCAACUAAAGUCGAAAAAAGGAUUGGUGCUUGUGGGGAGGAUAUAACAAUUACAAUUAUUACUGAAGAAAUAGUAGAACCCACAGGUGAAGAAAAAACUAGGGUAACCAAAACCGAAAUGACUAAAUAUCCAUCGGGAAAAGAAAUAAUUAGCACAAAUGUAUCUGAGUCGAUAAAAUUGCAUAAAACUACUAGUGACAUUUUUAUUUCUGAUGAUUCAGAAGUAAUCAAAAGUAUUAAUCAAUUUGUUGAGCAUAUUGAGCCAGAGAGUGUACAUACAAGUACAUCAAUUGGUAACAACGGCGAAGAAAUAAACACAAAAACCAUUACAAGAUGCGAAAAAAUGCCAUCUGGAGAAGUAAAGCAAAUAGUAAGCACAACUAUUACAACAACACACCCUAAUGGAGAAAAAUCAACUGUUAAUAAAAUAUCGGAAAGCAUUCAUACAAAAAAAGAUUAUCAAAUGAAUGAGGAAAAUAUCUACAAUGUAAUGUCAGAAGAAAAUAAAAUAGAUGAACUCACAAAAUCUCAAUCAACUGAAAAUUUUGACUCUACGUCUAUCUUAGAAACUCAAAUCAGCACAAUAGAGGAGCAACCUGACUUUGGAGGCAAGAGCAUAAGAACAGAACAAGAACAAUUUAUGCAAAAUAAGAGUGUGAAAACUUCUGAUAUAGAAACCAAAUUCGAUAUUACGAAAAUCCGAACAGAUACCCUUAGUAAUUUAGAAAUCUCGGAAACUUUAAAACAAGGUACGUCUUCAGAUAAAUCAAAUUUUGAUUUGGAUUAUAACGUCCAAGAUAUUACUAAGGAAGAAAUUAAGCCCGUUAUUGACGAUAUACUACAAAUUGGUACAAUUAUGGCUGCAACUCGUAGCCCAACAAUUGAAAAAGAUAUUAAAUUUAAAGAUAGUAUUGAGACAGAAAAACGUAGCUAUGACGCUAAAGUUCCUCACAAAGAAGAGCGGCGACAUUCUUGUAUAAGUCCUGCUAUUUCACUUGAAAGAAUUGCUGAGUCAGAAGUAGAAGGCGAUGAUGAAAUUAUAACACCAUCAAAUAAGGUAGUUCAGAGGACAGAUGAGCCGGAUAUGAGACCUGAGUUGAAAAAAUCCGACUCUGCGAUGAAGCAAAUGGCUGACAAUAUUGAGAUAAUAAUCAAACAGGCUUCAGAAGAUGUUGAUGUGUCAUCUGAAGAUGCAAUUAACGACCAUCAACCAAUAAAAGAUAUAACCUCUCAGGAUGAUGUACAAACAUGUACUGAUGACGGGGCAUCAGCUGUUCAUAGUCAACUUAAAGAGGAUAAUUUUGAAGAAACAUAUAUCGAAAAACAAUGUUCUUUGAAAGAUGUUCCUAUUUCAAAAGAGAGACCAACAUUAAUAAAAUCGUUAUCAAGAGAUAGUGGAGAAGUUAUCAUUAUGCCUAAAAAAAAGCAUCCUCGGACUUUUUCAGUUCAAAGCUCACCUGAUGAGGUUGAAGAACAUAUUUAUACAGAUUCGGAAUCAGAUAUGGAUCGGGCCAAAGUUUUAGAAAUAAUAGAACCCACAUCCGAUAUCGAUGACAGAUUUAUUACUUCUAGCUUUGAAUCUAGAAAACUGAGAACCGAUUCACUCGAUGAUGCCGAUGACUUUCCAGAAAAAGAGCCUGAAUUUUUUGAGGAAAAUGAAAGAAUGAUCGCCGACAUUGAACCGUGUACUUCUACUAAUAAAAAGGAAUCAUCAAGCCCAAGAAAAGAAUUAGACGAUUUAUCAGGUAAAAUCUCCAAAAGAACACCCUACGCUGAAAGCCUCUUGAAAUCAGAUUUGGUCUCAAUGUCGACUACAGAAUCAUCGGUUACAACAGUUGUGUCAACAUUAACAAAAUCCUCAGAAGAUGAGCAAAAGUCUGUAGUCGAAGAAUGUACUUCAGCUGAUUUCUCCAAAUUAAGUGGGGCAGAAUUACAUAGAGAUUUAUCAAAAACAUCGGGUGAAGCUAAAGAAGAAUUCAAACAUGAAGAACAUACUGAAGAUCGAGCUACACCCGAUAAUAUUUCAAAAAAAUCAAUUGACUUGACAAAAGAUUAUUCCAAGUCUUCUAUAGACAGCAAAGAUACUUCUAGAGAUUUCGCAACUAAUGAACUUUCAAAAGAUUCUACAGCAGAUUUAACUAAAGACUAUUCGAAAGUUUCAAUUGAAAGUGUUAAAGAAACGUCAAGAUCACUUGAAGAAAAAACCUUUUCAGAAGACCAUUCGUCUCUUGAUAUUUCAAAGACAUUAGCGUCAGAUGGCUCUGAUUGUAUGAGUAAAGAGCACGUUGAAGAAGAGCGAUCUGUAUCGAAAAUAGUCCACUUUUCGAGCUCCUCACAAGAAACAUCGGUUACAACAGAAAGUAAAAUAUUUAGUUCACAUGACGACAAAACAUAUGAUAUAAUUAAGGACACCAACAGAAGCAGAACAAUAACUUCUGAACAUGAAACAGUCACUAAUGAUACGGAGAGUAAAUUAAUGGAAGAGGAUAAAGACGAUAAGAUGUUAGAAUACAUGAAAGAGAUUGAUGAUGAAGUUCAAGAAGAGAUACCUGAUAUGAAAGAACUUAAUCGAAGGUGUUCAAAUCUGUUAGAAGAUAUAUCAGCACAAGGUGCUGCAAUAAUUAGGAUAGAUUCUAGUCACGUUACCCAAGAUUUGGUAUCAAAAUUUUCAAAGACACCCCCGCCUUCUCCAGUUGAUUUGACUAUAAGGGAUAAGUCAAGAGCAGCAGAAACAUCUGCCGAAAAACCUACUGGGUUACAGUUUGCAGGUUCCGAAAAUAUGUAUUUAGAUGCCACUAGACAAUCUCCGCGAGCAUCAUCUGGCGGUGAUAGUUUUAUUAGCGAAACAGACGCUCAUCAAAGCGAUCCAGCCAGUGGUUCGUGGAGUGCCCAAGAUGAAGAAUUAAGCUCAUCUAGCAGUUUUAGCCGGGCACGUGCUGAUGUCAUGUUGGGCAGUACAGAUAGUCUCGAAGCAACAAGCUCAAACGCAACACGAGCAACUUAUAACUACGAAGUCGAUACACCAAUGACCGGAAGUCUUACAUCUGGAGCGGUUCCACCCCCAGGGUCGAACACCAUGGUUUCCUCCCUGGAUACCAUGGACCCUGUGACAGCAGUACAAGUGGACAGCUUGGAGCAUCAGUCGACAAGUGAACACUACUCGCAGUAUGAAGUUCAUGAACCGGAUUCUGAUACGGAACGAUUGGAAUUAGAUGGACGCAUACCAAAAACGAAGGAAAGAACUAUAAUGUUUGAUAGCACUGACACCCUGAGUGCUGUUAGUGGGGAUGGCUCUGUCAGGGAAGGGACAGUUGAAGCACCGGCACCAACAUUCUACAUCGGAGAUGAGCCUAUUGUGAGAGGUGAUCAACACGAAGAGGAGCAACCUACAACUUUAUCUGGAAGCUGUCCAGCAUCACUACCACCAAUAACUCAGUCUACUCCUAUUCCUGCUCAAAGAAGGUCCUUAUCCAUGAUACCAAGGCUGCAGUCAGGCUUGGAGGAUUCAAAGAAGAAAUAAAAUGUUUCAUGUUUUUGUUGCGAGAACUCUAUAUAGAUAUUGUUAUUUUAUUUUAUCAUAAAUUGUUUAUUCAUUAUUUUUUUAAUCUUAAUUUUGUUUUUAUAAACUAAGAGUAAUUUUCGCUUUAGAUAGUAAUAAAUGCAUUGACGACAUCAUAUCGUUUAAUGAAUUGACAAGGAAUCGAGAAACUAAAAAUCGAGAAUUAUAAUAUUUUUGAUGAGAAUAUUCCAGAUGAAUUUAUGAAAAAGUCAGCAAUUGGUUGGCCGUUAAUGGUGAUAUUGUAAUUGCGAUGAAUUUUAUCAGAAUUGUAAUUAUAUUUCGUUGCUACGCUCAGGUCCAAAAAUUUGUUGACUCUUUCAUAAAUUAAAUGCAAACACUCCGUCACAGCCGACUAUAAUAUAUAACGCAUAUUGAAAACUCCAGAGAAACAAUUGUAAAAGUAUACUUUUGACGUAACAUCUCACCGAAACUUUAUAUUUAUUUAUUUAUUUUAUUAAGCAGCUCUCAAUAAUCUAUCAACGCUGGCGUUUCAGAUUAUCUAUAUCUGUAAGAGUUAUAUUGUCUGCAAUCUAUGAUUUAUAGCAUUAUUUUUGUACCGUUUGAAUGGCACUCAAAAAUAUUCUGAAACAAAACUAUACCUACGCGUCUGUUAGGCAGAGUUUUCGUUCAGUUGUGUUUCGACCGCGCUUUGAAUACAACGACACGCAUUGACAAAGUGUCCAGUGAAAAACUGUCCAAAUAACAGCAUAUCUAAACUUAAAAAGGAUGGAGAGUCGUAUUCAAGUAAUUGCCUGUUUAAAUUAACAAAAUUGUGUAAUUAACUUGAUGUUUUUAAUAAUUUUGAUAAAUUAACACAUUUCAAGUGCUAAAGCAAAAUGUUAUUUCGCGUUGAGCUUCUAAUGAUUUUGAACAUUACUUCGCUAAGGAAUAAGGUGGAAUUUAAUAGAAUAUUUUAAUGUUAUUUGUGUAAGUUAAUACAUUAACUUACCUACAUACAACGACGCUCGGACAUUUUUGACGAUCGAUUUUUGAUAGGCGAUUGGGAGUCUAGUUUUUAAUUGUACGGAUUAAGGAGACUUUUAACAUAUUUUAAGUCUCAAAGUGACGAGAUACCACUCAGAGGGUGAAAAAUUUAAUAAAUUAAUCAAAUUUAAAUGUAUUUAAUAUACUCGUAAUUCCAGAAUGGCUAAUAAGUAAAAAGAUAUUAAACCUUGUGCAUUCACUGUUACUAACUAUUGUUUUUUUAUGACAAUAAGGAACGAGACGAAAAGGACGAUCAGCUGAUGAUAAUUGAUACGACCUGCCCAUUACAAUGCAGUCCCGUUCAGUAUUCUUGAAAAACCCUAAAAUUCUGAGUGGCACUACAAUUGCGGUCGUCUCCUUGAGACAUAAGAUGUUAAGUCUGAUUUGCCUAGUAAUAUCACUAGCUACGGCGCCCUUCAGACCGAAACACAAUGGGCGCAAGAAAUAGGCGCCGUUGUGGUACCCAUAACCUAGCCGGCAUCCU